AUGAGUAAUUACAAAAAAUUAUUCUACAAUUUAACAGAUCAUAUCCACAUUUCUCCUGAAGAAUUAAUUUGUUUAAAAAGAAGAGACACUAUUCUGAAUUUGGAUUAUGAAAAAUGUGAAUUAUUCUAAUUAGGUUUAACAUGUUUAUAUGCAGCUUCUUUAGUCGAAACAAAUGAUAUUUUUGAUUUAAAAACAUUUUCAUAUUCAUAGAAUACAAUUUAAUAAAGAAUUUAAUAACUUCAAUACUCAACAGAUUUCAAAUAAACACUUAAUAAAAUGUUAAAUCAUGAUCCCUUAAAUAGAGGUACAUUCUAUACUUGGUUAAAUUAAUUAUCAUAAAUAGAUGUUGAAAACAAUUUGUUAUUAUUAUAAAUUAAGGAUCAAUAAAAUAAUCCAAAAAUAAAUAAUUUAAAAUCAGUUAAUUAAUUUUCAGAUUAUCAAAUAGAAUAUAUGCCUUAAAAUUAUCCUUAAAGAAUUCCUGAAGCUAUUUAAUCUCAAUACUUAAUUUCAUUAUAAUCAAAUUUACCUGCAUCAAAUAUUCCUUAAGGAAUUUUACAAUAAAAACCUUUUCAUAUAGCAACUCCUGAUUAAUCUAGAAUUUCAAAAGAUAUUAAGAGAUCACAAUUAUCUCUACAACAUCAAAAUGAUAAUAAUAAAAGUGAAUAAUAAUUUUUUUAAGAAUCAGGACCAACUGUUUAAACUUAAAAUGAUGAAAACUUUGAUAAUGAUUAAUUCAAAUAAUAGCAAUUUGAUCUUAAUCAUAAUCCAAAUUAUUUUUCUAAUUUAUAAGCCAAGAAUAAUGUUGUUAAAAAUUCAUAAUAUCCAAUCCAAAUGCCAACCUUUUCUUCUAAUAUUUAAACUCAAUAACCAUAUAAAGCUUAUAAUGUAUUACAAUAGAAUAAUUAAUAUUCUUAAUAAAUAUAAGUUCAAAAAUAAUCACAGAUAUCAUAACAAAGUAACAAAAGUUAAAGAGAAGAGAGAAUUGAAUAGGCAGUAAAAUCAUCCAAAAUGGCAAUACAACAAUUUGAAUAUGCGCUUUAAUCAGCAUCAAAAGGUUAGCGUCCUAGUAAUAUUUGAUUAGAUUAAGUUUAUUUAUUUUAUCACUUAUAUUUUUAUUAAUAAAAAUUGAUGUAGUUAGAACACAAUGAUGUUAACAUUCCUUAAGAUUAUGCUAAACUAAAAUAAUAAAACUUAAAAUUAAGAAAUGAAUUGAAGUCAAUUAAUGAAUUUUUAUCCAAAUAAAUCGAAAAAAAAUAGGAUCAACAAAAUAGUCAUAGAAAUUAAUUAAACAAUAAUACUGAAUUUAGAGAAGGUUUAUUUUAUAUCUAAUUUAGAUACUCUUAAAGCUGAAUUAUUUAAUGCUUAAAAAUAACUAAAGAUUCAAUUGAAAUAAAUUUAAAUUCUAUAAAAUAGGCAAGAAUUGCUUUCAUUAGAUAAGUAUGAAAAAACCAUUUAUUAUAGUGUUGUAUAAUUACAAUCAUAAAUUAAGAAAUUAAUGGAGAAAAUUAAAGAACUUGAAUAAGAAAAUAAAAUCUUAAUUAACAUUAAUGUAAAACAGGAGAAAAAGUUACUUUAAUUAUCUGAAGAUGAUUUUAUAAAGAAUAGAAUAGAUUAAUUAGAAUAAGAAAAUUUUAUUCUUAAAUAGAAAGUAAUAGCUCAAAAUAAAACUGAAAGAUCUUAAUCUGUUUAAAUAGCUAAAGUUGAACCUAUCUUAAAACCUAUUUAAUUAAGUCAAAAGCAAUAAGAAAUAAUGAAAGAAAAAGAUCUAUUUAUUGUAUUAUGUAAAUUCUAUUAUUUAUAGUCUUAAUUGUAGAAUAAAUUAUAGGAAUAAGAAAAACAUAUAAAUAUUUUGAAAAAUCUAAAAUCUUAAUAUGAUAAACAAAUUAGCCAUAUGACUCAUAGAAUUAAGUAACUUUAAACCUAAUUAUUGAUAUUAAAUUAACAAUUAUAAGAUAAAGUAAUUAUAUAUUUAUUUAUUUCUUAGAAUUUAGAAUUAAACAGAAAAAAUCAUUUAUUACCUAAUCUAAGUGCCAGAAAUCAGAGAUAUCAAUAAUAAAAAAUAAAUUUGAGUAUUGAUAAUUGUUUAACAGAUUAACCUAAAUCACAAGUUUAAACUAAUUAAUAACAAUAUUCAAAAUUAAUUCAUGAAUUUUAGUCUAAUAGUUUAUAAACUUAAGAUUUAUCUUUAUAAACUUUAAAAAAUUAAAAUUUAUUAAAUAAUGAAUUAAAUCAAGAUAUAAAAAUAAUGAGAAUUGAAUAACUAGGUUAAAAAAAUGAUUAAGAAUUUCAUUUUGAUACACCAUAAUAUUUUAGAUUACAUAAUCUAAAAUUAUGGUGGAAGAAUGAUUACUUAUAAGGUUUAUAAGCUUAUUAUCAUACUGCUAAUUAAAUUGUGAAUGGUUAAAUAUUCUGUUUGAGUAAUUUAGAAGAAUUAAAUUAAUAAUCUUUUGAAUUACAUUAGUCAGACUGGAUAAAUUAAAUUGGAUUAGGUUUUGAAAUUGAUAAAAUAAGUAUGAUUAUAUAUUUCAUCUAUAAAUAGAAUUUGUUAAAAUAAUUUCAAAUCAAAAUUGUAUUUUGAAAUUUGGAAGUGAAAUUGAUAAAAUAUAAGAAAUUUGUUCAUAAAAAAAUGAAUUUAUUGGAACGAUUGAAGUCUCAUUUAAUUAAUGUAUAUAUACUUAACCAUAUUCUAGUGUUUAUAACAAGCAUAGGAUUUAAAAUAUUUGAUGAGAAAUUAUUUGAUAAAAUAUGA